AGGGCCACAACUACCUGAGCGAGAUGACCGGCGACGUCGGCCCCCUCGAGAGCCACCACGCGAACGUGGCGGUGUCCAUGCUGCGGCGGCACGGCGUGCUCUCGAGGCUCCCGCGGCCCGAGGCGGAGUCCGUGCGCCGCAUGAUCCGCGACCUGAUCCACGCGACCGACAUCGGCAUCCACGGCCAGGUGAUGUCGGAUUUCAAGGACGCGCACGGGGACUGGGACGAGCUCGACCCCGUUGCCUUUUUCAGGACCCCCGACAGCGUUUCCAAGAUGCUGGCCGUCAUGAUGAAGGCCUCGCGUGCACGCCAACUGGCUCCAGCUCCGGCUCGAGGAGGAGAGAGACCCCUGCGCUUGUGCGCCGCGGAAGAAACCACGGCCGUAUUUACCGUCCCGUCGCCUCGAGCCCCCGUGGCCCCCGAGGACCGGUCCAGGCUCGG